AUGAUCUCGAGAGGUGCUUGCUCGCUGCUGCGGGCGGCCUCACAGUCGGCAUCACAGUCGGUAUCACAGUCGGCAAUGCGUCUGCUAGCACAAUCCACCGUUGUUCGCCACUUGUCAUCGUCAUUCGCUACAACCUUUCCCAACUCGACAGAAAAGCGACAGCAGCCGCAGCAGCCCGUCGAAUCCGACUCUACCUCGGCCCUUGACUACAAGCUCGCUCACAAGCUUCGCAAGCUUCCACCUCUUCCCUCGCUUGAACCUCCUUCGCUGGACGCACCACAAGCCGUAUCCAACAUCUUGUACAACACACCUCCUCCGUCCAAGGCCCCCUUCAAGCGUCACACGCUCAACUGUCUCGUCCAGAACGAACCAGGUGUUCUUUCCCGUGUUGCUGGUACACUUGCAGCAAGAGGUUUCAACAUCGACUCGCUCGUUGUAUGUGGUACCGAGAUUCGCGAUCUUUCGCGCAUGUGCAUCGUUCUCCGUGGUCAGGAUGGCGUCAUCGAACAGGCCCGUCGUCAACUCGAGGAUCUUGUCCCUGUCUGGGCCGUGCUCGACUACACCAACACCAAGGUCAUCGAGCGAGAGCUUAUGCUCGUCAAAGUGUCCAUCCUCGGGCCCGAGUACUUCGAAGAGUCGCAACAGGCUGCCAGCCCAGCCAACGCUCCCGAGCUCAUCGCCGAACGUGAGACUGACUCCAACAAGUCUCCUUCUGGUCCCAGCUCGGUCGGCGCAGCAGCAGCUCAUCAGGCCCAGUCACACAUGACUCCCCUUACUCCCACAGAAGCGCUGCGUGUCAAGUCGGACAACAUGCGCUCCGUCAUUGCUCUCGCAGAACAGUUCCGCGGUCGUGUCGUCGAUGUCUCGUCCACAAGCGUCAUUGUCGAAAUGUCGGGCAAGAGCAGCAGGUGUGAUGCCUUCUUGAAACUUGUCAGACCUUUCGGUAUCCUCGAGUGCGCUCGUUCGGGUACGAUGGUUCUGCCACGUUCGCCCAUUCCAUCCUCAUACGCUGGUGCUGAUGACCUCACUGAGGAGGAGGUCGAGACUAUCGACGCCGGCGCCCUUCCCCCUGGCUAA